AUGACCGAAUCCCCCGGCUCCCCCCUCUCCUCCAUCGCCUCCGACGACAUGUCGGAUCGCGAGGAUGCAAAGCAGGGCCUCUCUCCAUCCGCGUCCAAUCUGCCACCUUCUAAGCGUCGUCGCACUGGAGUCGCUUCCUGGGAUCGCAACACCCCCGUGUCGAUGAGCUAUCAGGACGAAAUGCCUCCCCCCGCCUCCCCCUCGACCUCCGUCUCGUCUGAUACCUCCGGCGACAUCCCCAACUCUCCUGGCACGCUGGCCCUUAUUGGGGGCGGCCAGGAUGAUGACUACAGCGGCCAAGGCAAUGAUCAGAUCACCGUCUGUCGAUGGGAAGGCUGCGAUUCCCGCGACCUGGGCAACAUGGACGACCUCGUCCAGCAUAUCCACAACGACCAUGUCGGCAGCCGACAGAAGAAAUACUCCUGCGAGUGGACCGAUUGCAGUCGAAAGGGCCAAACGCAUGCGAGCGGCUAUGCGCUGCGGGCUCACAUGAGGAGUCAUACCAGAGAGAAGCCCUUCUACUGUGCGCUACCUGAAUGUGACCGAAGUUUUACCCGUUCAGAUGCCCUCGCAAAACAUAUGAGAACCGUCCAUGAAACGGAAGCUCUUCGACCCUCUGACCCCGUCCCCAAACAUCAUAAUGCCCCCCUGUCCGCCCUGACCCCCGGCGCCGCAACCCCCGCUAGUAAGCUCCAGCGCAUCAAGCUGAAGCUAUCGCAUCCCCCCAGGGACGAGGCAGAUCAAUACAGCGAAAGCGCCAACGAUGAAACAGCAGCUACCGAAGACCUUGAUGAGUUCGAGCUCCCCGAGUUCGGGCCCGAGGUCGGCUUCGACGAACACGAGCUCGCGCUCCGUCCACAAGAUCUGUACCGAUUGCUCCGUCGCCAGAUCCACUGGGCAGAGAAGGAGACCUCAAAGCUUCGGGAUGAUUGGUUGAAGACAGCACCAAAGAGGAAACAAGCCUGGAUGGAAAAGGAGGCCAUAUUUGAUGAUGUGAUUGACGCUGAGCUCCGGUUAUUCAGUGCCAUCGUUGGCAACGAGGGUAUGCCAGUAGCCCAUGAUGCCGAUGGCCUGGAAAAAUACCAACAACACCAACAACAACAUCAGCAUCAAUUACAGCAAGAACAAGAGCAACAGAAACAGCAGCAGCAACAACAACAGCAACUAUCUCACCCCAUGGAAAUGGAUGCAAAACCCCACCCCGACUCGGGGGCUAUCCCAACAUGA